AUAAAAGCCCCCAUUGGAGAACUCUUUCCACCACCUUCACAUCCAAGCAUAGAAUAUUAUUGUAGAAACAUAUAUUAGAGAACUCUUUCAAUCUUUUCAUAUUUUUCUCCUUUUUUGUUGAGUGAUUUUGCCAUGGCGGAGGAGUUCCACCAUAACAAGCCCGCGGAGGAGCAAGUGGUUGAGGACAGGGGGUUGCUUGACUUCUUGGGGAAGAAGGAGGAGGAGAAGAAGCCCCACUGCGCGGAGGAGGAAGCCAUUUCCGGCGAGUUUGGGGAGAAGGUUCAUGUCUCCGAGCCGCCGCAUGGGGUGGAGCAUAAGGAGGAGAAGAAAAAGCUCCACCGCUCCUCUAGCAGUUCUAGUAGCUCUAGCGAGGAGGAGUACGAGGAGGAUGGAGUGAUCAAGAAGAAAAAGAAGGAGAAGAAGGGGUUGAAGGAGAAGAUCAAGGAGAAACUCUCCGGCGAAUCAAAGGAAGAAGUUGACACCAGUGUUCCGGUGGAGAAAUGCGACGACGAGGAGCCGGAGGAGAAGAAGGGGUUCUUGGACAAGAUCAAGGAGAAGCUCCCCGGCGGAGGGCAUAAGAAGGCGGAGGAAGAAGUUGCUCCGCCGCCUCCUCCGGCACCGGCAGCAGAGCACCACCACGAGGGGGAGCCCAAGAAAGGGUUCUUGGACAAGAUCAAGGAAAAGCUGCCUGGGUACCACCCAAAGACUGAAGAAGAAAAGGAGAAAGAGAAAGAGAAAGAUGGGGAAUGCCAUUAAGAAAGCUAUGCAUGCUGGGGCUGGGGUUGCCAUGAUUGUGCUGUUUCUUUGAUAUGAUGGUCGUUAUUAUUAUUUGUAUCUUUUGCUUUUUUUACUUUGUUUGCUUUGUUCUGUUUAAUUCCCUUCGCUUUUGUAUUUUUGAUGAUGAAGGAGAUAUGGUUUGCUGUAAGUACUUUAUGUGCUUAAUAUCAACUUGAUUAUUCCUAUAUA